AUGCACCUCCACUGGCUCGCCCUCGUGCCCUCGCUCGCACUCGCACUCGCCCUCCCUGCCACCCAGCUCCGCCUCUCGUCGUCAUCGAACCAGCUCCCUCGAGCGCAUCCCCGCCUGCGACUGCCCCCUGCCGAGGCCACCUUGCACCACGCUGGCUUCCGACCAGCCCCGCUCGAGAACCUCCAGGUGCACCACCCGCCGCUCCUCCCCAACCCCAACCGAGCGAGGCGGUGCACCCUCCUCCUCCUCGAGCACAGCUUUGCCUUCUCCUACUAUGAACCCGCCGUCGUCACGUUUGAGCCGCCGCUCGACUGCGGUCCGCCAGGAACUUGGUCCAGCAUCGUCCUCAACCUCACCGUCACCUCGAACGGCACCCAGUUCGACCGACUCGCGUCCAUCAGCCUCGUAUGGCGCACAAGCACGGCCGAGCCGACUCUCGACGGCAUCGUCUGGACGUACGAAAAGGACGUGACGAGGUUCUCGCCCCUCUUUGCCAAAACCAGCCAGCUCAUGUUCCAGCUCGACAACGUCAUCACCGACAAGUACACUGGCGUCUUUGCGACGAAGCUGAGCGCGACCUUCUACGAGGCGACGCCCGACAGCCCGCCAGCCUCGACCGCCGACCUCAUCCUGCCGCUCACGACUCGCAGCAACACGUCGUCGCAGAUGCUCGUCUACCCGGGUCCCGCCUCGGUCGAGACAGUUCUCCCGAUCAACACGGCCCAGGCCUGGCUCGACGUCAUCGCCACCGGGGCAGCCGACGAGGAGUUCUGGUACGGCAACGUGCUCGAGCGAUGGGUCGACUACUUCCCCGAGGCCGGGCUCAUCGGCAGAGGGCCUCUGCGCGAGGUGCAGGUCCGGAUCGACGGGCAGCUUGUCGGCUUCGUGUACCCUUUCCCCGUCAUCUACACCGGUGGGGCCAACCCGCUCCUGUGGCGCCCGCUCGCCUCGCUGCGCGCGUUCGACAUCCCGUCCGCCUUCAUCGACGUCUCGCCGGCCCUGCCCUGGCUCAGCGACGGUCAGCCGCACGUGUUCAGCUUCUCGGUCCUCGGGCAAGGCGACGAGGGCUCGAUCAACGACAACUGGUUCAUCACGGGCGCGCUGCACCUCGUCCUCGACCCGUCCGACCCGCCAAUCCGCACGACCGGCCGCCUCCUGUCGUACGACGUCUCGCCCGCGCCCCUCAUCCUCUCGGCCGGCUUCCCCUCGAGCGACGGCGCCUCGCUGAGGACGGUCGUGAGCGCGCAGAGGACGCUCGAGAUCCGGGCAGAGCUUCUGACGGGCGAGGGGCGCAAGGUGGUCCAGGUGGCGCAUGAGGUCGCGUUCGACAACGAGCAGCGGUUCGACGACAAUGGAACGUAUCAGAGCGUCUCGCAGUCCACCUCGUCGCUCUACACGUCGACGCACGACGGCCACCUCCUCCUGCGCGACGUCUCGUCGUUCCCCCUCUGCCUAACGACCAACUACACCCUCCUCGCCUCGUCGCACCACUUCUCGGCCGACGUGCCCGCGUACGGGUACGACCGCGCGCUGUCGGUCCCUCCUGCGCUCGGCGGCGUUGAGGGCGCGGCGCACGUCACCAAGAGCGCGCAGCGGGGCGAGGCCGAGAUCACGGGGAGAGAGGGGCAGCGGUCGACGGGGUGGGGCACGAUGGAGGAGCGGUACACGUUCGUGGGCGACCGGGGCGAGACGUACGAGGAGAGGGUCCGAGCCGAGAACUCGACGAUCGUCGAGCGGACGAGGAAGGGCAGCCUCGCGUGACGAGCGGCUCACUCUCCCGCUCUUCUCCCUUUGUGUAGCUCCCGCCUUGCAGUUCUACCCGUU